AAUAAUAAUAAUAAUAAUAAUAAUAAUAAUAAUAAUAAUAAUAAUAAUAAUAAUAAUAAUAAUAAUAAUAAUAAUAAUAAUAAUAAUAAUAAUAAUAAUAAUAAUAAUAAUAAUAAUAAUAAUAAUAAUAAUAAUAAUAAUAAUAAUAAUAAUAAUAAUAAUAAUAAUAAUAAUAAUAAUAAUAAUAAUAAUAAUAAUAAUAAUAAUAAUAAUAAUAAUAAUAAUAAUAAUAAUAAUAAUAAUAAUAAUAAUAAUAAUAAUAAUAAUAAUAAUAAUAAUAAUAAUAAUAAUAAUAAUAAUAAUAAUAAUAAUAAUAAUAAUAAUAAUAAUAAUAAUAAUAAUAAUAAUAAUAAUAAUAAUAAUAAUAAUAAUAAUAAUAAUAAUAAUAAUAAUAUUAAUAAUAAUAAUAAUAAUAAUAAUAAUAAUAAUAAUAAUAAUAAUAAUAAUAAUAAUAAUAAUAAUAAUAAUAAUAAUAAUAAUAAUAAUAAU